AUGACUAUAAAUAUCACCAGUAUGGAUGGAGACAUGUUACUUGCAGAAAAAGAUUCUUCUUUUCGCAUCCUAAUGGGUUGUUUGCUCUCAGUUCUAAUACUUUCAACUCUUUUGGGAAAUACUUUGGUCUGUGCAGCUGUAAUCAGAUUUCGUCACCUUAGGUCCAAAGUCACAAACUUUUUUGUGAUCUCCUUAGCUGUUUCUGACCUUCUGGUAGCAAUGUUGGUUAUGCCUUGGAAAGCUGUUGCUGAGAUUGCUGGCUUUUGGCCAUUUGGUUCAUUCUGUAAUAUAUGGGUUGCUUUUGAUAUAAUGUGUUCAACGGCAUCCAUCUUAAACCUUUGUGUCAUCAGUGUUGACAGGUACUGGGCGAUCUCCAGUCCAUUUAGAUACGAGAGGAAAAUGACCCCAAAAGUAGCCUUCAUAAUGAUAAGUGUUGCAUGGACCUUAUCAAUUCUGAUAUCUUUCAUUCCUGUGCAGCUCAACUGGCAUAAAGCAAAAACUACCAGCUUCUUUGACCUAAAUAGUACCUUUCAAGGUAGCACAAUGGAUAACUGUGACUCGAGCUUAAACAGGACAUAUGCAAUUUCUUCAUCUCUCAUUAGCUUCUAUAUACCAGUGGCCAUUAUGAUUGUAACCUACACCCGGAUAUACAGGAUAGCAGCAAAGCAAAUUCGCCGCAUCUCAGCUCUAGAAAGGGCAGCAGUACAUGCCAAGAAUUGUCAAAACAGUACAGGCAAUGAAAGUAGCUUUGAUUGCCAACAGCCAGAAAGUUCUUUGAAGACCUCAUUUAAAAGAGAAACAAAAGUUUUGAAGACAUUGUCGGUGAUUAUGGGAGUUUUUGUAUGCUGCUGGUUGCCCUUUUUCAUAUUGAACUGUAUGGUGCCCUUUUGUGAUCCAAGUUUAUCCACAGAGCCAUUCUGCAUCAGUUCUACCACAUUUGACAUAUUUGUCUGGUUUGGUUGGGCAAAUUCUUCAUUGAAUCCCAUAAUUUAUGCUUUUAAUGCUGAUUUCCGCAAGGCUUUCUCAACAUUAUUAGGCUGCUACAGACUCUGUCCUACAUCCAACAAUGCUAUAGAGACAGUUAGCAUAAACAAUAAUGGGGCAGUUGUCUAUUCAUGUCAGCAAGAGCCCAAAGGUUCAAUUCCAAAUGAGUGUAACUUAGUUUACCUAAUUCCACAUGCUAUUAUCUGCCCUGAAGAGGAAGUUCUAAAAAAAGAAGAAGAAAGUGGUUUAUCUAAAAGUUUGGACAAAAUGUCUCCUGCAUUCUCUGGGAUCUUGGACUAUGAUGCAGAAGUCUCACUAGAAAAGAUAAAUCCUAUCACACAAAAUGGGCAGGCCAAAACUUGA